UGCUAAUUUCAGCUUCUCAACAUACGAACUACAACAGGUCUUUCAGGUGUCCGACAAAACCAGUAUAAAUUUCAAUACGAAUCCACUUGAGACCCAAUUCAAACUAUAGAAAACGACUGUGCUGGCCACCGUGAUAGGAGGAGAACAAGGAUUUUACGAUGAAUAAUUCAAUGGUGCGUCUGUAGAUCUAGUGCGUUUACUUAAGAUCGAUUCGAUAAUUUAGAUUCACUUUCUUUGCUCAUAUUGACUAAGCUACGACGAUUUACUUUUAUUGAAUCCAUAAAAAAAAUUGUAGUUGUGUUAAAGGUGUCAAGAAUAAAAAACAGGAACUGCGAGCGGGCACACAAAUCAGGUUUGAGCGCGAAGUUAGCUGCAAGAGUGGUGCACUCACGAGCAAGACUUUGCUUGUUGUUUCCAGGCUAGUGGAAAGUUUUCUCAAUGAAUGCACGUUCAACUCGUUCAUUCAUCCUAUUCAUCUAAGUAAUACUUGUUGUCGUAAUUAAGCUCGCCCUCUCACGAGUCACGACUCACUAUUGCUUCACUCAUUCUUUGUUUGUUGUGAUAAUUCUGCUUUUUGAUCAGAAAUUGUGUAUUCGCAAACAAUGUCGAUGCUAAUGUCUAUGCUGCAGGCGUAAUUCGUUCGGACGAGGACGUCGACAUUACUUGGGAACAAGAUACAGUCAAAUCACAGGAGAUCGAAGGAACAAGCUCAGGCUAGCCCUAUUGAUAAGCUAAAAAGCUGUCAAGAUGGCGAAGCAUCUCGCGAAUAUUUUCGGUACAAAUGAGUUUUUUUUCAUACUUUUGGUGGCUAGAUCAUGUUGAUCAUCUCUAUAACACCUCAAACAUCUUCUUCUACACAGAUCAACAGUCAGAAAAUUUGUAAUUCAUUGAACUCGAAUCUAACAGGUACCGAAGAGGAUCGGGUGAACUGUCCGUUCUACUUCAAAGUCGGCGCAUGUCGAAAUGGAGAUCAGUGCUCUCGUCAGCACAACCGGCCAACAAGCUCUCAGACCCUAUUACUCAGUCAUAUGUACUCAAAUACGCAGGAAUCACUUGCAAUAGCGAGAGAGGUGGACUGGACAGAUGAACAAUACGACACAGCACAAAAGCAUCUCGAGCGUACUUGUUUUAUCAUGCAAGAAGAUUUGUAUUUGUAAAAAUUGUAUUGUACUAGAUAGAAGUCUUCGAAGGAAACCAUUGAUUGUGAUACAUCCGAUUCUGAAUCUCAGGUUGCCAGCUUUGCUGAUUUCAUUUACGGGGAGAAAUUCGAUUUAAUAUUUAUCCAAUACAUCCACAAAAUGAUCACAGAAUUUUACGAGGAAGUUUUUCAGGAGAUGGCAAACUUCGGGGAGAUAGAAGACAUGGUUGUCGUCGACAACAUCUCGGAUCAUAUGGUCGGAAAUUUGUAUGUCAAAUAUUACCGAGAGGAAGAUGCAGAAAAAGCACUGGAGAACCUAACAGGGCGAUACUAUGGAGGUGAGCUGAUUCAAGCAGAGUUUUCUCCUGUGUCCGACUUCCGAGAGGCGCGAUGUCGGCAAUUCCACGAAUCAAGUUGCAAUCGAGGCGGGUAAUAUUUUUCAGACGGUCGAUCGGAAUCGUAUUCGUGGAAUUUAGCUUUCAACAUAAGGUCUGAAUCGACAUAACUCCUUUUCGGCAGUAUUUCAGGUCUCGUCAAUGAUUUGCGACAGGAUUUUCUUCAUACCAAAACCUACCACUUCGCAACCCCUUGACAGGUACUGCAACUUUAUGCAUAUCAAGCAUAUUCCGAAAGCAGUAAAGCAGCGGCUAGUGAGACAGAUGUAUGAGGAGCAUCCAGAGUUCCUUGACAGAGACCGAAAAAAAAAUAAAAAAAAAUCGCGUUCCAGAGGAAGAGGUAGAGAUCGUGAUCGCGAUAGGAACACUGAAACGGAAGGGCAAGAGCGGACUCGUGGCCGUGACCGGGACCGUGGAAGACGUGGAGAUGACAAAAAUGGCGGGUACUUUUGUGAGGUUAUGAUGAUUACGAUCAUAGACCACACAAUGCCUAAGCACGAGGAUCUUCACCUCCUUGGUCGUACUACAUCAAGGAAUAUCAUCAUAAUUCAUAGUGGAAAGAAUACAAAUAAUUUUCUGGAAAUCGAUUCAUGUUAACAUCCAUGAAAAAAAUUUUCAAAACCAAAAUUCUGGUACAGCGCGGGAGGAGGAGGCAAUGGGCGUUCUGCAAGUGAGGAGCGACGAGCCAUGAUCGCACAGUGGAACGCGGAUGAUCAAGCGGGAACUUCAAUGUAAGUAAAACUCUUCCGUGUUGUGUCUGCACGAUGAAAACAAGGCGGUUUCCCAGCAUUGCUCUACGAAGGAAACUCCUCGGCUGAUGAAUAAAGAUGAGGCUAGGGCUUGUAUCUGCAUCCGCUGAUGUUGCUCUGUAAAUGCUAUUGAUAAAGAUGGACGCAUUUUUGGCUCGCCUCCGACCCUGUUGGGAAUUACCCGCUUAUUUACGCAAAAGUACCCCGCGGUCACACCAAAUGGUUUUGCGACACGCAGCUCCAAUAACAUAAAGAAAAAAUGAUCGCAAAGAUUCUAUCGCAAUUUGAAUCUUUAUAUGCCAUUCAAAUGUAAUUGGUUGUCGCUGUAAUUUCCUUGAACAUUUUCUCUGCAGUGACAUCUGCUACGUAGAGGAAAAUGACACUUUAUCCGCUUCGCGAUCCAGAUCGUCGCCAAGAAAGUGUUCUCAGCAGCUCUCUCGUCACCAUGACGACGAUACAAGCAAAGGUUUUUAGUGUAAGCAAGCGCAGCAAGAUACAAGGGCCAAAACUCUUCCAUCAUAAUUUUUUUAGAUGAACGGUUCAAAAAG